UUCGAACAGUCGGACUUUCUACUUUCAUAUAUGGAGCUUUUUUUGUUAGAACGAAUUUAACGAUAUACUUCGAACGCGCAUGUAGAUGAUAACGUUUUCUUCAUAAAGAAAUCUUCAUUCUUGAAAGAGUAAAGUGCGAUGAGUUAGGUUUUGCGCAUAGUUAACCUUGCAGCUGAGUCAACCGGAAGUGUGAUUAAUUUCCAAUACUUAUAGUUUUCGUUUGACAAAACCAUGCCUGAAACUUCAAAGAUAACGACAAAAUAUGUAUCAGCACGCGCAGUCGAUUCUAUUCUUCAUAUUUCCUGUUGCAUCGUGCAUUGUUUGUAGCACUAUAUAAAGUUCUGCAGCUCGAUGUUGGUAUUAGUCGCUCCAUUCCAAAGCUCAAAAUGAAGCUCCUUUUUGUCAUCUUUGCUUUUGUUGUUCUAGUGUCGUUCUAUGAAAGUGAAGCGGCAUCCACAAAUCAAGCAUUUAUCGACGCUAUCAUCAGAGGCACAAUCGAAGAUUUGCGUCAAUCUUAUAACGAUUUGAAAGCAUACAAUGAUGCCCGGGAGGCGCAAAUAUAUAGUAAACCAGUACGAAAAAACUUUUUUUUCGCUAAUAAAGUAAUAAGACGCCCAUUCUACCCUCAAAAUUAUCGUGCUCGUUGCUAUUGUACUUCAGAAAACGCUACAACGUCACCUCUGCCAGCGACAAUAACACCAGGUGUAAAUAAACCUUCGGCCAAUCAAGAUCCAGGCCUUUUACCAGGGAAGAAGGUUGAAGAUAAUACGUCUACAAAAACUGAUGAAACUAACCCUACUUCUAAACAAUAAAUGGAUAAUUAUACACUUAACGUCACGUUAUAGCAGCAAUAAAUAUCACAAACCGCACUGUACUUUUGAAUGUAUAAAUUAAAAUAAUCCAAAGCAACAAAA